UCUUGCGGCAACGAUUGAAGAGUGAAUACACGACUGUCGUUCCCGGUUGCCAUCACGUGCUCGCGCGGCGCGAAACGCGAUGCCGGUUUGUAUUCUGUGUGCUUUCCGACAAUCGAAUUCUGUACACGGGUUGGAUAAAACGGAGACGGUGGACAGGAAGAAACAUGGAAUAAUAAUAAGGCGCGUAGUUCGAUCAGCUGGCGGUAGACUCUUCGACUGAGCGUCAGGAACAGUGUAUUUUUGCAGCUCGGGAAGGUUAGUGCCAGAAACGGUAAGGCGGGCUAAAGACGUUCUAGUGGAGUGAUUCUAGCGGUGUGUGGAUUCGCGGUGUGAUUUCUUUAAUUAGCCAAUAAAAGAUCGCGUGGCAGCGCGAGCCGAGUGUGCCGCUGUUUGAAAGAAAGUGCGCGGGCGUUUAAAUGCAGAAACGCUAUUAAAAAUAUAAAAUAAAUCGAAUUAACUAUGUUAAACGGCUGAUAAACGGCCCUUAAGGGCUUGUUGGCGAGUUGUAUUUGCUUCAUUAAUGGUUUUUCGAAGGCAAUGGGUUGGCGCGUUAUCUUGUGACUGUGUUUGUGUUCUAUAAGUGGAGAAAAAGACCAAGAGCCUUGGCUCCGCUAGAUUGGCAGUAGAACAGUCAUUUUGAGAUAAAACGGGACAAGAACAAGCGAAUUAAAUAAAUAUAUGCUAACAGACGGAACUUGUUGAACCAUCGACGAGGACCGGUCGGAUCUGAUGGAAAACUCGAGGCGUAGCAUAAACACUGUUUGCAGCUUGAACAGACUAUCGAUUCAAUAAGUCGUUAUAAACUUUAGUGGAAACUAUCGUUCAACGAGACCAUCGACGAGAAUGAAUGAAAUAAAACAAUAAAUAACUUGCCCGGAAUAUUUAAAUAUUUGACUGUUGAUACUUCGUGUAAUGGUUUUUAUGUGUUUCAAAUAUUAAUUUUUCGUUCGAGCGGAGAAGCUGUGAAGCAUUUAGGACGCGGGUGAUGAAGAAGGCAUUUUAGUCUAACCCAUCUGAUAGAAACUGGUCACCACAGAAGAAGAUUAGUGUUGAUCGUAUCAACCAUCUGGUGGUUGGUCAUGUAACCGUUUAUGAGGUGAGUGUAUAGAAGAAGAUCGGUCCCGCAAACGGAGAAGAACUAGUUCUGCUCAUGGCGAAGAAGAUAGCGAUUUAACGACCUUCGAUCGUGGGACUCUGUAGAUUGUUGCAAAGUGUUGUAAAGAACUCUGACCACACAGCAGUGAGAAACAGCAAUUCAAUGGUAAUCUUCUAUGCUACAGUGAAUAAAAAAAAAGAUAUUAAUCAGGAAGCUGAGGUAUACGUUGUAAUUGCUCGACCUCGGCGAAACAUCACCGUUUGAUGCUGCGAGAAGAUCGUGCGAGACGUGAUUCAUCAAACUGUGGCAACUCGGCAGCCAGCGGAAAGAAAAAAGAAGAUACACUUGGACUAGCAGACAGGUACAAGGUGGAGCAGGGGGAAAAGGAACAACGCGGGCUUGCUCCAAAAAAGGUGCAUCCUCUGUCUAUUGCCAACAGUUGCCGUACCACGAGCUGCUGCUUCGCUUCGAACAGUUCAAGCGUAGGAAUCCAAGCAAAUAGUUCGAGGUGGCAAUAAACACUAUCCGCGAAAGAAAAGAGCUCUCUGAAUAGAAAAAAAGCAGAACUGUUGUUAGAUCGCUUAAAAAAAUAAAUGUUCGUUGGUUGAAAGAGGAAAAAAUAGCUAGAAAACAACAGACGAAACGCGUAAGUGAAAAUAAAGCAAUGAAAUAAGUAAAGACGGCUUCGUGGGACUCGCAAAAAAUGGUCCUUUCUAGUGCGGUGGGUGAGGGCUAGGCUGUGUCCCGAUAUGAGCAUGUUAGUGAUUAAUGGAAUGCUGGACGGGGGGAAGUUCUCACACUAACCACCGUGGUGUGACUCCCAAUCAAGAUGAAGGAGCUCUGGUUUUAAGCAGCCGGACCUAUCCGCCCCUACUUAGUGACGGUGCUGGAGGAGGAUACCAGAAGACGCUACACAUUGCAAAGCAACGAAUGAAAAAAAAAAGAGUUUGUGCCCUACAGCCAUCCAUAAACCGAGCCGUGAUUAUUACGUGCAUGUGCACCCGGUGAAAAAUCGUCCAUGCGUGCCGGUGUUAGUGGUUUCUUGGGCAACUGGGUUGGAAAAGUCUCGGCCAAGCCGUUCGAGUUAGACGGCGUAGAAAAAGCGUGAAUCCGAACAUCAGAAGAAACGCAGCAAACUUACGUUUUUGUUCCGUGUGGGUUCUGUGGGCAUUCGCAGCACAAUAAGCCGAGGAAAUAUUAGGCGUUUAAACAGUUUAUAAAUAAAUGAGAUAAAGAUGCCUUCCGGAUAUCGACCAAAUGGGAUGAUUCAUCCCACUAAUGGCCAUAUAAGCCGUUGCUGACUAUACGAAAGAAUGACACUGUCAGAAGAAGGAUUGAUUCGUGAUGGAACAUCCUCCUUCGGGACGAUCGAUCUACCAGAGGAAACCAUCAGCAAAUGUGAAUUUUCCGCCUAUGAUAAUAAAGGAUUCCAAGGCAAUGGUGUUCCAAAAGUGCGCUCCUGGAUGAACGGAACGGAUCAUAAUUCGACGUUGUCCAGGCCGCGUUCGGCCGAAGUUAUCACAUCCAAUGGUAUCAACGGUCAUAAUGGCAUCAACGGCGUCAACGGUACAAUUCCGAACGGACGGCCCCACAACGGCAUCAAUGGAAUUAACGGAAUAGUCACACGGGGACCCGGUGGUCUACACGAGGAUUUAGAGUUUCCACCGACCACAAGAACGCUUUCGAAAAAGAAACAAAUCGUAUGGAUGAGGCCACAUGACAUGUGUGGCCGUCCCCAGUUUCGAUUAUCCCCACCUGGUACUCCACUAUCCGCACGAGAGCUUCCGGAACCUGUCGGCCCAGGAGAUCCUAGUUUACUGGCUGCACUUGGUUGUUUAUCCCAACUACCAAGGCUAUUGGAAAGGGUUGUCCCACCUGAACAGACUUUCGAUACAUCAAAUGGUUAUUGUGGGAUGUUCAAAUUCCGCUUCUGGCAAUGGGGCAAAUGGAUCGAAGUUCGCGUCGACGAUCGGCUGCCGACACGAGGCGACCGACCUGCUCACAUGCACUGCUCGCAACCGGACGUCUUCUGGGUUGCCUUACUGGAGAAAGCUUAUGCCAAAUUAUACGGAGGAUACGCAUUCCUCAAAUUCGGAACAGUCGGUCGGGCGCUGCAAGAUUUAACGGGAGCGGUCGUUCAAAGUGUACCUCCGAGUGGACCCCUGCUAGGGGGUGCCGUGCCAAGAUCAACGUUGUUGGUUGCAAUCAGUGGAGUGGAAAAAGAAACAAAACGGCGUCGUUCAGGAUUACUAUCGGAUCAUCCGUACAGUGUGACUGGGUUAGCGAGAGUACGUGCCAAUUCUUCCGAUUCUUCGCAAGUCAGUGGCCAGUCAGGUGAUACCAGCCUAAUCAGACUACGGAGCCCAUGGAUUGGUGGCGAAUGGGGUGGAGUUUGGUGCGGUGCCUGGUCCGAACGAAGCUGGGAAUGGAACGCACUGAACGAGCGAGAUCGGGAACUUCUGUCUUCCAGGUCUUCAAAUGAUUGCGAGUUUUGGAUGUCCGUCGGUGAAUUUUUGUCCAGAUUUGUUGUCAUCUGGUUGGCUCAUAUUGGACCGGAUGAUUGGGCUCUUGAGCCAGGGCUGCACACGAGAACUCCAUGGAGAGCAGCACUGGCGGUACGCCAAUGGCGUUCCGGUUUCAACGCUGGAGGGCCCCACAAGUUUAUCGAAACGACGGCAACAAAUCCACAGUUUAGAAUACGAGUACCGGCGGGGCACCCUGCCAAAGCACACGUAGUAGUAGCGGUAGCGCAAAAGUAUGAAUGCUACCGGAGUAGAAACUAUGAGGACGACGAGAUUGGAUUCACGAUCUAUGAAGUUCCGCCAGGAAUGCAACGGGUGACACCCCAAUAUGUCAGCGAACAGAUGCCUUUGGACUUCGCUCCGUUGUCCAAUCUGAGAGAAAUAGCCACAUUUUUUGCGCUGCCUUCGGGAGAUUUUGUUGUUAUGCCCCAUUCACAACAACACCGCGAAGGUCGAUUUUUGCUGAGAAUUUUCGCCGAUCAGCAUACUGACGUUUGGGAGGUCAACGAAGAGAACCUGGUGAUCAGCAAUAUUGCGGCGGAGUUUUGUGAUGAACGGACGAUCGACGCACGAAUUUUGUACAAACUUCGAGCGAGAUAUCCUCACGAAAUCGACGCAACACAGCUGCAGUCGAUAUUGAAAACCCAUGGGGGCAAUAAUCGUGGUUUUCGAGGGCUGGGUGGAAUUAAUUGUGGACCCUCCCUGGAACUGUGCCGAGGAAUGUUGGCUUUGCGUGAUCCAGCGCUGGGAGGACGACUUUCUAUCGAACAUGUUCCCGCACUUAUAGGUCUUAUGCGAUUCUGGAAGGCCGCCUUCCGACGAUGUGGACCAUCUUCGUCGGGUACAGCAACGCUGAGCCGAGGAAUUUGGGCAUCGAAAGUGUCUUCAUACUGUCUGCGGGGUUUGCUGUGGGCUGGCGGAUCUACAGCUAGUAAUAAAGUUUUGGAAGCCUUAGUCAGCAGAUUCACUAGAAAUCGACAAAUCACAUUGGAAGGCUACUUGCUGUCAAUGGCGAGACUUCAUUUAGCUCACGAACGAUACCAUAGCCUGGAUGCCAAAGCGAAAGCUAGCCCGUUGUCAUUGGAAGAGAUGAUCCUGAUGACAAUCUACUCGUGAGACCGAAAUCUAUUUGUGGGAGACGACUGUCAACAAACAACCAAAGAUAACAACGACACGCAAAUUCAAAACCGGUGACAAUAGAAGCCUAACUGGGUAGCAAUGCAAUACAAAUUCCAAAACAUAAAACCUGUCCAUCUAUAUUGUCUCUAUACUGAACACAACACUCAAUUGAACCUAAUAUACGCAAAAAUCCUAGAAUAUGAAUUAGCAAGUAUUAAAAACUGAAAAGUAUUUCUGUAAAACUAUAAAUAAUAAAUAAUUUAUAUAACAAAAGAUUAGUUCUAAACUAAAAGUUAACAUAUGUUUGUUAGAAGAGAGCAUAUAUAUAAUAUUUCAUCAGAAAUCAGUUGUUAU